UGGGGAGAGAGGACCUGAGCGAUUGAGGGGAGGGAUGGAGGGAUGUGACGUGAGCGAGCGGGAGUAUGGAAACUGAUGAUUGCAGGCAGAGCAGUGUUGGAUAAUUAUGCUCUCUCUCUCUCUCUCUCUCUCUCUCUGUCUCACCGCUCCACAUCCCCGGCGAUGCUGCUCUGACCAGACACCGCAAAAACAAACACCAUUCACAUCCUCAUACACUGACGUGCAGCAGAGAGGGCUGCUGCUGCGGCUCCUUCCUCUCCUCUCUUUCAUGAACAGAUACUCACACUCCAGCUAAUUACAAACUCCCACUUUUGCCUCGCAGUUGACAGAAGACCCAGAGGAGGGACACGGCAGGCAGGAAUGUGACUGAGGAGCUUCAUCUGCAAACAUCUGCCUGGAGGACUCCUCCCUCAUCCUCUGUUGGUGGUAAACCCCAGCUCUGCAGCAGCGUGUGACGCCCCGCUGUGUGCUGCUGCCCGGGUAAUGCUCUGCGGACGGAGGUUCGAGGCCUGAACACAAUGAGCAGCCAGGACACGUGGGUCACACUGACCCCAGCUGAGUUCGCCCUGCUCCAAGAGUACACUCAGUACUCGACCAAGAAGCUGAAGGAUGUGCUGCAGGAGUUCCAUGGAGAUGGUGUUUUGGCUAAAUACAAUCCAGAGGAGAAGCAGGACAUCGUCAGCCAGGAGAUUGACUUUGAGGGCUUCAAGGUCUUCAUGCAGACGUUCCUGGAGAGCGAACUCCCCGAAGAGUUCUGUCAACACCUCUUCAUGACGUUCAGCAACAAGGGACCCAGACCCAGUCCCUCAUCUGCUGACAAACCCAGAGUCUCUGGCCUGAAGCUGAUCAAAGGCAACUCGACCCCCGUGAGGACGGACGCCCUGCCCCCGCCUCUGGAUACGGUGCAGCUGAAGGACAUCGUGUGUUACCUCUCGCUGCUGGAGGGCGGGCGUCCUGAGGACAAGCUCGAGUUUAUGUUUCGCCUCUAUGACACUGAUGGAAACGGGUCUUUGGACAGCUCGGAGCUGGAGCACAUUAUCUCCCAGAUGAUGCACGUAGCCGAGUACCUGGAAUGGGACGUGACUGAGCUGAAACCAAUCCUCCAGGACAUGAUGCAGGAGAUCGACUACAACCACGACGGCACGGUGUCGCUGGAGGAGUGGAUCCAGGGAGGCAUGACCACCAUCCCGCUGCUGGUGCUGCUGGGCCUGGAGACGAAUGUCAAAGAUGACGGGCAACACGUGUGGCGACUGAAGCACUUCAACAAGCCGGCCUACUGUAACCUGUGUCUCAACAUGCUGAUCGGACUCGGGAAGCAGGGACUCUGCUGCUCCUUCUGCAAGUACACAGUCCACGAGCGCUGCGUGGCUCGCGCUCCGCCGUCUUGCAUCAAAACAUAUGUCAAGUCCAAGAAAAACACAGAGGUAAUGCACCAUUUCUGGGUGGAAGGGAACUGCCCCACCAAGUGUGACAAGUGUCACAAAACCAUCAAGUGUUACCAGGGCCUGACUGGGCUCCACUGUGUGUGGUGUCAAAUCACGCUCCAUAACAAGUGUGCCUCCCACGUGAAACCCGAGUGUGACUGCGGACCCCUGAAGGAUCACAUCCUGCCCCCCAACUCCAUCUGCCCCGUGGUCCUGGAGAGACAGUCGACGCUGAGGAAGGACUCCCGGGCCAGCCAGCCGAGCAGAGCGAAGAUGCAGAGAGCCAACUCCGUCACAGUGGACGGCCAAGGGCUGCAGAUCACAACAAUAGAGGGCACUCAUCCUCUGCUAGUGUUUGUCAAUCCAAAGAGCGGGGGGAAGCAGGGAGAGAGGAUUUACAGAAAAUUCCAGUAUCUUCUGAACCCGAGGCAAGUGUACAACCUGGCCAAGAAUGGACCCAUGCCAGGGCUGAACUUCUUCAGAGAUGUUCCUGACUUCAGAGUGCUGGCCUGCGGGGGGGACGGCACCGUGGGCUGGAUCCUGGACUUCAUAGAUAAGGCCAACCUGGACAGGAACCCCCCCGUGUGUAUACUUCCCCUCGGCACGGGCAACGACCUGGCAAGAUGUCUGCGAUGGGGAGGAGGCUAUGAGGGCGAGAGCCUCCUGAAGAUAAUGCGCGACAUCGAGAACAGUUCAGAGAUGAUGCUGGAUCGCUGGAAGAUCGACGUCACGCCCACCGACAAGGAGGAGCGAGGGGACCCGGUGCCUUACAGUAUCGUAAACAACUACUUCUCCAUCGGAGUGGACGCCUCCAUUGCACAUCGUUUCCAUGUUAUGAGGGAGAAGCAUCCUGAGAAGUUCAACAGCAGAACAAAGAAUAAGCUGUGGUACUUUGAGUUCGGCACUUCGGAAACCUUUUCGGCCACGUGUAAGAAGCUCCACGACUUUCUGGAGGUUGAGUGUGAUGGUGUUACGUUGGACCUCAGCAGCAUCUCCUUGGAAGGCAUUGCCAUUCUCAACAUUCCCAGCAUGCACGGCGGCUCCAACCUUUGGGGUGAGAGCAAGAAGAGGAGGGGUAACCGCAAGGGGGGCAAAAAGGGCCAAGACAAGAGGACACCAGUGCUCGACCCCAAGGAGCUCACGUUUGCAGUUCAAGAGCUGUCUGACCAGCUGCUGGAGGUGGUGGGGCUGGAAGGAGCCAUGGAGAUGGGUCAGAUCUACACCGGCCUGAAGAGCGCUGGGAGGCGCCUGGCACAGUGCUCCUCCGUCACCAUCAGAACAAGUAAAUCCCUCCCCAUGCAGAUUGAUGGGGAGCCUUGGAUGCAGACUCCCUGCACGAUUGAGAUCGUCCACAAGAACCAGGCCCCCAUGCUGAUUGGACUGCCGCAAUGCCGAAGCUUCUUCUCCUCCGUCAUCAGGCGAACGCGCACUGAGGGCAAAGAUUGACGGGUUCAAGACCUUUUGAAUCCUCACAAGCACCUGUGGGGCAGCGGCCCACAAGUUGAUCGUCACUCGGCCCGUUAGUGAAGGGGGGUCUUUGAUGCCUGUUGACAGCCCAGAGCAAAGUAGCAAACUGUAGGUUCAGUGUGUAUCGCCGGCAGCGUGGAGACGUCACUGAGAAGCCCUUAUUUAAAGCGGAACGAGGUGUGUUUAGGACCGGCGCUUCGACCUACAGUGUGUAGAGUAGUUUAGCUCCAAAAAUACUGAAGCUAUUUCGGGAGGUCCAAUUUUCCAAUAGUCUGUUUUUAUUUUUGCUGUUGUGAUCUGUGCCACGUGGAGAAAAAAAAAAACACAGAUGAAUGUGUUUUUG